AUGCGUACAAAACUGGACGGUCGCAUCCGUACCCAGAUCGAGAAUGGCGUCUCGACCGGCCACAGAUCCAUGUUCGCAGUGGUUGGGGACAAAGCGAGAGACCAGGUGCCGAUCCUCUACCACAUUCUCUCCAAAUCCACCGUCUCCGCCCGUCCGUCGGUUCUCUGGUGCUACAAAAAAGAGCUCUCGUUCUCCACUCAUCGUCAGAAGCGGAUGAAGAAGAUGAAAAAGACGACGACGAUCUCGGGAAGCCUUCCGGACGCCGAUCCCUUCGACGUCUUCAUCUCGUCCACACAAAUCCGAUAUUGUUAUUAUAACGAGACGGAGAAGAUCCUCGGAAAUACGUUCGGAGUACUCGUCUUGCAGGUUUGUACGUUUUUUUGAGAGAAAUUAAAGUAAAUGAAAGCCAUUAGUUCCGUUUCAGAAAUUCAGCAAAAUUGAUUUGUUUUCUUCCAGGAUUUCGAAGCGAUGACUCCGAACGUGCUUGCUCGUACUAUCGAGACGAUCGAAGGCGGCGGAAUGGUCAUUUUGCUGAUGCAGUCGGUCCGCUCGCUCCGUCAGUUGUACACCAUCUCGAUGGACGUGCACAACAGAUACCGCACGGAGGCUCACAACGAGAUCAUCGCCCGCUUCAACGAGCGAUUCAUCCUCUCGCUCGCCUCCUGCUCCUCCAUUCUGGCCCUGGACGAUCAGUUGAGGGUCCUGCCCAUUUCCAGCCACAUCGAGAGUGUCGAACCCGUUCCCGCCGCUCAGAAAGUAAGAAAAUGAAGAGAAAUAGGGGAAAAAUAGAAAUUUUUAUUUGUAUACUAUUUUUUUCCAUGGAAAAACAUGUCAAUUCUAAAUUUUAGAAAAGCUCAUUCCAGAAAGAAAAUUAUCGUUUAGGCUCAAAAAAUCUGGAAGAUAAACUGAAAAAUCCCCUAAUUCCUUGAAUUUCUGCAGAAAGCGCAAAGCGAAUCGGACGCGGAGCUCUCCUCGCUGAAAGAAGCGAUGAAAGAGACGAAGCCGAUCGGGCCGCUGCUCGCGAGGGCCCGAACGGCCUGUCAGGCUAAGGCCCUUCUCCGCUUCCUGGACGUGAUCACCGAGAAACAGUCGAAAGUGACGUGCUCGCUGACCGCCGGCCGUGGAAGAGGAAAAUCGGCGGCCGUGGGACUGUCGCUCGCCGGAGCCAUCGCCUUCGGAUUUACGAAUAUCUUUGUGACGUCGCCGACUCCCGAGAAUCUGAAGACGCUUUUUGAGUUCGUCGUCAAGGGAUUCGACGCUUUAGACUACCAGGAACACACGGACUACGAACUCAUUCAGUCCGCUAAUCCGGACUUUAAGAACUGUUUGGUCCGCAUCAACGUGUUCCGAGAGCAUAAACAGACUAUUCAGGUACGCCUUUAAAAAAUCAAUUUUUAUUCAAUCCCGAAAACACGAUGUAUUUACGGUUUCUCCUGUGUCUAGAAGUGUCGCUUCACUAUUUUGGGAACUGGAACGAAUUUCUGAAAAAAUGCUCAAUUUUUCGAAUAGUACCAUUGGGAAAGUGAACUUACGAAGGUCCGUAGAGACAAAUAUACGAGAACGAGUAAUCAUCCAUUUUGACGUAAUUUUCAAUUUUUUCAGUACAUCAGCCCGACGGACGUGCAAAAACUCGGCCAAUGCGAACUGAUUGUGAUCGACGAGGCGGCCGCGAUUCCUUUACCACUCGUCAAGGAACUCAUCUCUGGUACACAUUUCUUUUUGAAAAAAGAAUCGGGGAAAAUCGAUCUUCAUAAAAAUUUUUGAAAAAUUCCAGGACCGUACAUCUCGUUUCUUUCGUCGACGAUCAAUGGAUACGAAGGAACGGGCCGUUCGCUCUCGCUCAAACUCCUCCAACAACUGCGAUCGCAGUCGGGUGGCGGAGAAGUGAAAGAGGGAAAAACGGCGACGAGCAAGGGACGGACUCUGCACGAAAUGCACAUGGAGGAGAGCAUCCGCUACAAACCCGGAGACAAGGUUCGCAAUUUGAAUGAAAAAUACAACAUUUUCAGUUUUGGGAAAAUGUGAAAAACAUUUCAAAAUGUGUCAAAUUACUGGAUACUCAGUUACUAUGUAUGGUACUUACUUACUUAAUACUUGAUGUCCGUCGGUUGAAGCUAAUAAAGCUGCGGACAAAUUCUCUCCAUUUUGAUCGGUCCAAGUCGUUUCCGCUACGAGCAUUCCGGCUAUUCUCCUGUCCGGUACGAUGAUUCCGGUUUUUGUUUGCAUUUCCACAAUAUGAACCAGUUUUCCGUCACCUCGUCGCUCCACCGCUUCUCUCUUCUAUCCUAGGCUCCGUUGAGUUCUUGGCCCAUCUCGUAGGAUUGCUUCUUGCCAAGUGUCCUGCCCGUCUAGCCUUCCUGGAACUGAGAAACUCUAGAAUUUUCUGUACAUAAAACCUAUUUCGAAUAGUUUUUAAGUUAAUAAAACACAAUUUGUAAAUAAAAAAAUACAGAUCGAAAAGUGGCUGAACCGUCUGCUGUGUCUCGAGGCGGGAAGUACGCAGUUGAAGCUAGAGUGCGGGACUCCGCCCCCUUCGGACUGCGAACUGUACGUCGUCAACCGGGACACACUAUUCUCGUUCCACGACGCCUCCGAAGCCUUUCUCCAGCAGGUCAUGGCCAUUUUCGUGUCGGCCCACUACAAGAACAGUCCCAACGAUUUGCAGGUGAGUUUUAGCAAAAUGUUUGUGGAAAAAUCUCAAUUUUAAAGAUGCUCUCCGACGCGCCGGCGCACAAUCUGUUCGUUCUGAUGGCUCCGAUCGAUAAGACGCGAAAAUCGCUGCCGGAAGUGUUGGCGGUGGUUCAGGUGUGUCUGGAAGGCCGUCUCGACUCGGACAAGAUGGAAAACGGGCUGGAGCGGGGGAAACGAGCGGCCGGGGACCUUCUGCCGUGGACGGUCUCCCAACAAUUCAUGGACAAACAGUUCGGAACCCUUUCGGGUGGCCGCAUCGUCCGAGUGGCCGUCCAUCCAGACUACCAGUCGAUGGGCUACGGUACUCGCGCCGUACAGCUCAUCGAGCACUAUUAUCUCGGACUGGCCACUUCGUUGGACGAGGAGGAGAAGGUGGUCAAGAAGACCGAGAUCAAACAGGUCAAGGUGGGCGCAUUCAUUUUAGAGAAUUUUGUGUUAUAAUUGUUUUAAUUUUAAGUUUCAAUUUUCUUUAAAAACAAAGAGCGGCAAUUUCAGGAUGGCAACACCGUCGAACUGCUUGAAGAGCGAAUUGAGCCUCGAGCCGAUCUUCCGCCGCUUCUGCAACGUCUCGACGAGAGAAAACCUGAAAAAUUGGACUAUUUGGGUGAGAAUAUGAUGCGGAAGCUAUUUCCUUUAAUUUCAAAUCAUUCAGGCGUCUCGUUCGGACUCACAGUUCCGCUGCUGAAAUUCUGGAAGCGCACCGAGUUCGUGCCGGUCUAUAUUCGUCAGAAUUCGAACGAUAUCACCGGAGAGCACACUUGCAUUAUGCUCAAAGGAUUGGAGCAUUCCACGGGCGAUGGUCAGUUUUUUCAGAGUGAAAAUCGACAAACAUGAGGCUUAAAAAUGACAAAUGUUGACAUAGAUUACAAUUUCCAGAGCGGAAAGUGCGCGAGUAGUGUAAAGCAGAGAAUUUCCUAUUCUUAGAACUCUAAUUGAUCCGAAAAUAAUUGAUGUUGUGAUGUUGGUCUCACAACGGUAAAUGUAGGCGAGAAACACUUUGAACGCAUCCGGAUCGGCGUCCUCGAUCACCACAUCGGCGUCGUUGGCCUCACGAAAUCGUCCGCUGGCGAGCAUGGUUUUGAAGACUGGCGAUGCGUUGGCUAACGUCUGUAAUUCUUGUUUUCGUAAUCUGGAACAUUCUUAGCGGAAAAAACUGGAUUGGAAAUUUAAAAAAUGCAUCAAACUGACCAUUUUGUGCGCGCGAGAAACUUGCGCUUUUCCUCGCCCACAAUCAGCGUCACAUCAGCCGUCAAUUCGUCGGAUUCGUCCCACUGUGCCUUUCGCUUCUGACGUAUUCCCACCAUCUUUAUAAUUUUCACACUGCACUCGAUCGUCGGCUGAUCGUUCGUCACGUACUUCUCGAGUAGCAAAGCGUUCGGAGCAAAGUGAAGGUGUCCGCAAUCGAAAUGAUCCACGUCGUAUUUGACGUCGAUAGUAUAUCGAAUCUCGAGUUCCUUAUUUUGAAACAUUUUUCAACGUAAUAACGUCAUCAAAUUCAGAAGAGCCAUCGGCCACGUGGCUUCCAGUGUACUGGCGCGAAUUCCGUCGUCGUCUCAUCCACCUCCUCUCCUUCGAUUUCUGCUCUUUCCCGGCUCAAAUGGCACUUUCUCUGCUCCAACUCAAAAAUAAAUCUGUCGAAGGUCAACUCGUGCGCCACGUCAUCAAUCGAUCGGAACUCGGAUCGUUCCUGUCGAAUACGGAUCUGCGGCGAAUGAAUCAGUACGGGCGGAACAUGGUCGAUUCGCACAUUAUCACCGACCUACUGCCGACCGUCGGAAAGCUGUACUUCGAGCAGAGAUUGCCGCAGGAGGUAGGACAUUUAAAAUCUAAAUAAUUUUUUGAAAAUCAAUCUUGCAGUUGAAACUGGCGGUGACUCAAUCGGCGAUCCUUCUGGCGCGUGGACUCCAACACAAACAAUUCGAGGAUAUUUCAAAAGAGUUGGACCUUCCGAUUAAUCAAAUUUACGCGCUUCUCACGAAGGCGAUCCGCCGAAUCGGAGACUGGUUCGACGAGAUUUGCGAGAGCGCCGUCAGGUGAGAAAAAUAAAUCAGUACUGGGCAAAAGAUCGGCCCAAUUUUGGGCCACUUGCAAUAGUCUGAUCGGGUAAUAUAUAUUGCAAGUGGGUCAAAAGUUCAGGACCCAACCCUGGAACAAAUUAUGAAAAUGUUCGAAUAUCAUCAAUUUUUUGCAGAGAAACCCUGGACAAAGAGGCUGAAAUUUCGUCGGCUUCCAAGCCCGUUUCCACCCUCAAAGACGUGGUCCCACUGGCCAAUCUGGAGGAUGAACUGGAAGGGGCGGCUCGGGAGAUCAGAGCCCGACAUGACAGGGACCGGAAGGCACUGCUCGCCGAGCUGGGAAAUGAGCUCAAGAAGUACGAGAUCACGCAGGACGAGCAGGAACUGGCGGAGGCCUACGACGCGGUCGGCAUGAAAUACGCCAACAAACUCGUCAGUGUCAAGAGCAAAAGGUGUGAUUUUCCAAAAUUUCUAGAAAACGUUUGCAAAAACAUUCCAGAACCGCUGCCCAAGCGAAAAUUCCGGACGCGAAGGAUCCGCUGGAGAAGAAGACGAAAAAGAAGAAGCGAUUCUCUUCCGGAGGACGUAACUAA